CACUGAGAAGGUUGGGGUUUUAGAGAAGCAAUGGCGACACAGACGGCGAACGCAGCAAACGGCGACAUUUUAAUGCUGGAGGCGCCACCUUCGCAGCGCCCGGCUUGGUCUACCGGUGCCGAAGUCAUCGAUGCUCUUCCCUACAUCGACGACGACUACGGCAACCCCAGGGUAAAAGCGGAGGUGGACCGUUUAGUGGAUGAAGAAAUGCGUCGCAGCUCCAAAAAACCCUCCGAUUUCCUCAAAGACCUCCCUCCCCUUCCCAAAUUAAAUUUCGAGGAUCAUCCAAUGCUUGCAAGGGAAUACGAAAGGGUUAGAGCAGGGAAGCCCCCGGUCCAAAUGGACACGUCAAGAUAUGGACUUGAAAUUCCGCCAGCGAACAAACGGAAUGAUGAAACUGCAUGGAAGCAAGCACUUCAAAAAGCUCAACGCUUACUGCAGCAUCAAGUUAUUAGGCUAGAAAAUUUAGAACAAAUGUCGAUGCACGGUCCAGAGGUGUGGAAGAUAUACAAUAAAAAAUUGGAGGCAUUGGUAUCCAGGGCUCAAUUACAAGCUGUGGAACUGAAUGAAAAGAUUGAAACUGUAAACCGUGAAAGAAAAUAUCAUCAGCAAAACACAGCUUAUGAACUUAACGCUUUAUCUUCACAAUGGAGGGAGCUUUGCUUUAAAAAUAUAGAAAUUCAAGCUGCACGUGCUGAAAUUGAAAAUCAACUUGAAGUGAUGAAGAAGGAAGCUGUGGAGAGGGGCUUGAAUUUGGAUGCUAGCAUGGAGAAUGGCUUUAUUACACAUGUAGAAUAAGGUUUUGGGAUGAUUGUUAUUCAAAGGGGCAUGGAAUGUUUUGAUGUCCAGGGCAGUGCUGGAUGUCAUUGCUGUUCUACAUAGAGCACUAGGAGCUGCAAGCCAUCUAGCACAUAUGUGCGAAGGCUCUUCAUGCUGCGCCAUGAAUUUAAUUGAGUUAAUUGUAUCCUUAGCAACUUGUUUCUUGUACAAUUGACUGAUUUUCCUUACUUUUUCGCCCCCGACCUCUCCUUAUGGUAGCCGACAUUCGUAUGCCCCUAUUAGACAUACUACCAGUGAGGUUGGUGGGAAGCUGGUCUGGUGAGAGACUCAAGAGGAGUGAAUGCGAUCUGUUCUAUCUUAUUAAUAAUAAUAAUAAUAAUAAAAA